GUCACAGAGACUCCAAGAACCAGAGAUGAAGGCUGGACAGAGGAAGAGACACCUGACUGAUCCUGAUGUCACAGUCCAGGUGGAGAGGGGCGGAGUCACACAGGCUGUCAGAGGAGUCCUGAACAGGUCAGCAGGACGCGCCCGUCGCAGCAGCUGGAGGAAGGUCAAAGGUCACCUGUUGGAGGGUGGGCGGAGCCUUGUGGCGUUUGUGUUGGGGCUGCUGUUGGCGUCUCUGUACGGGGUCACGGCGCUCUUCCUGCAGAAACAGCCUCUGUGGCUGUGCGUCCACACCACGCUGGCUGUGGCCGUCCUGGCGGCCUUCGGCAUGGGCCUGUCGGCCGCCGUCCGGGCCGACGUCACGGUCAUGCUGCCUUCACUGUGCUCAGCUCGUGGCAGGAACUUCCUCCUCUUCCUGUUUGCCUCCAUGUUGCUGUCGGGCCCUGUCACCAACACGCUCGAGAACACGGAGCGAGCCGCCGCCAGUCUGCUGUGUGGAGCCGAGCUGGCAGCCAAUCAGACGCAGGAACUGAUGCAGAAAGCAGCCACGCCUCUUUUCUCUGCGUUGGACCGGAUCCGGGCGGUCAGCAGGAACGCUCGCGCUGCAGCACAAAGAGUCGAGAACUUCAUCCACGCUCUGACCGACAGCGUCCGCCAUGUCGCUCGUACUCUGAGGAACGUCCUCCACUUCCUGGUGGACAUCGGCGAAGUGUGCAACGUCAAACUGGGCUCUCCGUACAGGAAGUGCCGGGCGGUGUUCGCGGAGGCUCGGGCCGACUGCUCCGACCUGCUGGGAGAGUUCAACUUCCUGUGUGACAUCAUAGACGUCUUCCUGCCGCUCUGCAGCCUCGCCCGCGCUGGCGAGCUCUUCUGCGUCAUCCCCUCCUACAUCGCUGACCACCUGAAGAAACGUCUGGCCGCUCCCACCGUAGCAGCGUUUGAGCGGAUGAAGCGGGAAUUUGACUUCAACGUCUCGGCCUUGGUGACCUUUGACCUGGACGCCAACAGCAGCCGCUCUCUGCAGCAGGUGACUCAGGACAUCAUGGAGGACGUUUCAUCAGAGCUGCACGUGCUCCAGAAACUGAGCACGCCGCUCGCGUAUGGCGGCCUCGUCCUGCUCGCCUGCUCCUUCCUGAGGGCGGCACGGUACCGACGCAGGUAUCUCCGUCAGCUCGACUUUGAUAACGUCUACAUCAGUGCUCAGUUCGAAGAGCUCGACCAACAGGUGACCUCAGGGGGCGGAGCCUCAGUCCUGCCAAUUACAAGCAGAGAAGCCCGGACCUACAUCACACCACUUUCCUUUCACCUGACUGGCCGAGAGCGGCGUGCUGUGCUGGUGGGCGUGGUCUCGGUCCUCAGACACCUGGUGAUGGGCGGCCUGCUGGUGGCGCUGGACUUCCUGGUGUUCUGGAUGCUGGAUCAGGUGCAGCACCAGGUGAAGGGCGACGUCGUGGCCAGAGCACCGGUGACAGUGGCGGUGCAGGUGAAUGGGUCCGGUUACGCCUCCGACCUCUUCAGAGACCUGGUGGCUUCGUUCGACGUGCUGCAGGGAGGAAACAUCACAGUGAUCAGCAGGAAGUGUCUGCUGGAGCCGUCGGAGCCGGACCACGCCACAUAUUUCAUCCUGGGGUUCUUGUUGGGUCUGGCUCUGCUUGUGUCUCUGAGCGGAGGACUCGUGCAGCGCUGCAGACGACUCGUGUGUGCUUCACAUUAUCCAGAGAGAGAGCUGGACAGGAUCCGUUUCCUCCGGCAGCAGAUCCUGGAUCAGAGGAGGAUGAUGGGAAGAGCCUUGAGGAGGUCUGCAGCCAGGAGGACAACUAACGGAGGAGGAGUGCCAUGGUUACCUGGAGCAGCUCACCUGUCUCACCUGCUGGGUCUGUCAUCAGUCACCUGUCUGGCCUGCGGCGAGGUGGUGAGACAGGGUGAAGACAACAUGGUCACCUGUGGUGUCACUCAGUGUUCAGGCCUGUACUGUCGGCCAUGUUUCUGCAGUUUGGGAAACACGUGUGUCGUCUGUGCGCGACCUCUGACCUUCCAGGAAGACGGCGAGGAGGAGCUUGACUCCAGUGAUGACGAGCAGCUCAGGAUGGUCUCCAUGGCAACACGCCAAAGAUCAGCUGGACGCUCAGACAGUCGGCAGAGUGGCGGCGGCGGGCUUCAGUCUGACUCUGAUCUCAGUGAAGUAGACAUGACGUACCAGGACCGACCUGGCUCAGACGACAGCGACGCCUCCUUCUACUCCAUCAUCUCACCAGAAACACUCAGCCUCCAGAACCAGACCUGAGUUUCCACAGAACCUCCAGGACUCUCCAGGAUCCUGACUGAGAACUGUCUGUUGAUUUGAGCAGAGAUCAAUAAAGCAUCAAAAAGGU